UGGACGUUGGGUGCAGCAUGCAUGCACCAUUCCAGUUCAACUUGUCCAGUCAAAGUCCAUAAAGCAGAGCUUCCUUGCCCGAACCCCCCUUCUGCAACACGAGCCUUCUUAUCAGUUCAUGAAACGGAUCAUCGUCACUCCUCUUUCCCGCCAUUUAUUAACGGUUAGACAAGUACAAACCUCGAUCGCACUAGACCCAUGUCCUGAAUUUGUCCCGCGCUGCUCUGUUCUCUCCGAGAACCUGUGUGGAAAACUAUUGGACCAAUACCCAGAUGUCAAAACGCUGAAGAAACUGCAUUCGAAAAUGGUUGUUGAUAAUCAGUUUCACUUGAAUCCCUCGAUUGGCAUUAAACUGAUGCGAGCCUACGCUGCUAACGGGGAAACUGGAGCCGCACGUCACGUAUUCGACGAAAUUCCUGAAAGGAAUGUGGUUUUCUUCAAUGUUAUGAUCAGGAGUUACGUGAACAACAAUUUGUAUCAUGAUGCUAUUCUUGUGUUUAAAUCGAUGUCUAGAUACAGAAUUAGUCCGGAUCAUUAUACUUACCCUUGUGUCUUGAAGGCUAGUUCUGGUUCUGGUUCUGGUUCGGGUUCGGGUAAUUUGUGCAUUGGCUUGCAAAUUCAUGGUUCUGUUGUGAAAGUUGGGCUGAAUGGAAAUUUAUUUAUUGGUAAUGGUCUGGUUGCUAUGUAUGGAAAAUGUGGUUGUUUGGUGGAAGCUCGGCGAGUUCUUGAUGAGAUGCCCAGAAGAGAUGUAGUGUCUUGGAAUUCGAUGGUUGCAGGGUAUGCACAAAAUGGAAGGUUUGAUGAUGCUUUGGAAAUUUGCAGGGAAAUGGAGAUGUUGAAGCUGAAACCUGAUGCGGGUACUAUGGCUAGCCUACUUCCCGCCGUGACUAACACAUCAACUGAGAAUGUGGGUUAUGUCAAAGAAAUGUUCUUGAAAUUGGCUAAAGAGAGUUUGGUUUCCUGGAAUGUGAUGAUAGCAGUUUAUGUGAAUAAUUCAAUGCCUGCCGAAGCAGUUGACCUGUAUUUACAAAUGGAGGCUUAUGGGUUUGAGCCUGAUGCAGUCUCUCUUUCUAGCGUUCUUCCUGCCUGUGGCGAUACUUCAGCUCUGUUGAUUGGAAAGCGGAUUCAUGAAUAUGUUGAGAGGAAAAGGCUCCGGCCAAACUUGUUGUUGGAGAAUGCACUGAUUGACAUGUAUGCUAAGUGUGGAAGCCUAGAGGGUGCAAAAUCUGUAUUUGAUCAAAUGAGGUUUCGAGAUAUUGUGUCAUGGACUUCUAUGAUCUCUGCAUAUGGUAUGACUGGGCAAGGUCAUGAUGCUGUGUUACUCUUUUCGAGAAUGCGAGACUCGGGUCUCAUUCCAGAUGCCAUUGCAUUUGUUUCAAUUCUCUCGGCUUGCAGUCAUGCAGGAUUGCUGGAGAAGGGGUGGUAUUACUUCAAGUUGAUGACUGAGCAGUACAAUAUAGGUCCUAGGAUAGAGCAUUUUGCAUGCAUGGUAGACCUCUUAGGACGUGCUGGCCAAGUAGAAGAGGCCUAUAAAUUUGUUAGAGAAAUGCCAAUGGAGCCAAAUGAGAGGGUUUGGGGGGCUUUAUUGGGUGCCUCUCAAGUGCAUUCUAAUUUGAGCAUUGGGCUUAUUGCUGCUGACCAGCUAUUUAUGUUAGCUCCGGAGCAGUCAGGUUAUUAUGUCUUGUUAUCAAACAUAUAUGCUAAGGCUGGUAGAUGGGAAGAUGUAAGAACUGUCAGAUCAAUCAUGAAGAGCAAAGGAAUAAAGAAAAUUCCUGGAGCCAGUAAUGUUGAACUUAAAGAUAAAAUCCACACAUUUCUUGUUGGUGACCGGUCACAUUUGCAGUCGAAGGAGAUCUAUGAAGAGCUGGAUGUGUUGGUGGGAAAGAUGAAAGAGGCAGGUUAUACACCUGAGACUGAUUCUGCCCUUCAUGAUUUGGAGGAUGAGGAUAAGGAAUCCCAUCUGUCUGUUCACAGUGAGAAGUUGGCCAUUGCCUUUGCCAUUUUGAAUACUGAACCUGGCACAACAAUCAGGAUUACCAAGAAUCUUCGAAUCUGUCAAGAUUGUCAUGUUGCUGCCAAGCUAAUCUCCAAGAUUGCUGAGCGUGAAAUCAUUGUUAGGGAUACCAAUCGUUUUCAUCGGUUCAGUAAUGGUGUUUGCUCAUGUGGUGAUUACUGGUGAUCUGAUUUGGGCACUCAUUUUUUAGUUUGAUGAUACGCUGGGGCUGGUUUGUUCUUAUACUUGGCAAUGUGAUUGCCAUAGUGUAUACAAGGGAGGCUGCGUCAAUGAUAUUUGGUGAAAAUGGCUGUGGGUUAUUUUUACCCGAGUGCUGUUGAACCCUGCUCCUUAUCCUACAUAACUGAUGGUCUUGAGCUUCCUGAUUGUCAAGGCCACCCAAUAAAAACAGGCAUUUUUAUAAUCUGUCUUGAUCCAUGGCAAAUCAGUAACUUUUUUGGACCUCUGGUUGAUAUUCGGGGGGAUUUGAUCGAUCAAUUCGUGUGGGGUUGAGAAAGCACUAAAUGAUCUAAAAUCCUUUCAACUGUUGAGUCCACUAAGAGACUCCCAUGACUGCAAUCAGGAAAGGCUUCAUCUGAAACUUGAAGUAAUGAACAUUAUAUUUGACAACCAGCUAAAUUUUACAGAUAAACCGCAAUGAACUUGCAAACUUCUAUAAACAGCUUUUAUCAACUAUCCGAAACAUGAAGAAAGCUAAGUAAGAAGGGCCGUCAAUCAUCAUUAGACUAUAUCUUCCCAUAUCUUUCUUCAUGGAUAGAUCUAAAGCAAUUCUCAUAUGGACAUUAUUUUUUUGUAUAAUUUCUUUAGGAUUAUUCUCUGGAGAUUUGUUUAUUUAGAGACUGACAAGCUACUGUUUUCUCUAAUAGUUUAUUCACAAUUUUAAUUAGCACUCUGAAAUUUACU